AAUUCUUAGUUGCAAAGAAUUGCUAUGUAUCUUUUGAUUUGUCGUCUUCAAACUUGAGAAAAUAUGCUUGAUUUUAUUGUUUACCGAAAAUCAGUUCUGCAUCAAAAUCUGCCUGGGGUGAAUAUGAACCCCUCCCCUCUAAAAUUCCCCAGGGAUUCGGUGCUUAUGCUUGCAAGUUGGAGCAUAUUGAAGGUGCUUGUGAUGUCAAUACGUCUGCUAAGCAACGAUUGGAUUUCAUAAUGGUAAACUCAAUAAAUGGGAAUUGACAGAAGCCGGCUGUUGAUUGGCGUCGGUAUUCAGAACCGAAUGCUGGUGGAAUUGUAUUCAACAUUUGAAAAUACUUUUGGAAAUCAAAGCAGGCUUCUGUGGCAUCGGUGAAACACACCGUAUUCGCCUUGAUACUAAGGGAACUCGGGUGCCGAAUGCAGAAGUUCCAGCGAAUUAGUCUGAUUGGUUUCACACAAAGUGCUGCCUGCAAUCAUUGUACAAAGUUACGUUGUUGAAAGAAGAAUACCAAAGAAAUGGCAACAAAAAUCACAAUUCAAACGAGAAAUUUGGUGAAGAUCUUGGCUAUUAUGAUCUUGAUUUUGAUCUUGAUCAUAAGGGGCGGUUCAGCGACAAGUCACAGCAUAGAUCCAAAAGUCAUUGAAAUGUCACUCUUUAUUGACAAGUUGAAAUUAUACGGUCGCGAUCCCCGUAUACGACCGUCUCAAUCUGCUACAAACAUCACACUCCAGAUUGCACUUAUUGCAGUGGGACCAAUAAGCAUGCUAACUACGUCGGUGAGAUGUGAUGUGAUACUAAGGCAAUGGUGGACGGAUCCAAGGACUGCUUUUGACAACAAGACAGAGUUGAACUUCAAUGGAAAUCCUUCCCACUUGAUUUGGACACCGGAUUCCUAUGUUACAAAUGCAAUCAAAAUUAGUUCCCCUAAGGGAAUCACAGAGAACACAAGAACAAAAAUUGGACCAAAUGGCGCUGUUUACUUAAGCACCAGGUUGACAGUGGAAGUUGCUUGUAAUAUGAACUUUCACAUGUACCCUAUGGACAAACAGGAGUGUUCAUUGAACCUUGAGAGCUAUGCCUACACUGCCCAAGAAAUGCGACUAAGGUGGCGUAAAAAGAGCCCAAUAGAAAUUGAAGGUGAAAGUCUAAGUGUAUCCGAGUACAAAAUUGUAUCAAUCAAAGCAGUCACUGCAAGCAAACAGUAUCUUGGAACUCAAAAUUUUGAUAUGGCCAAGCUGACUAUAAAGUUUUCAAGACUGCUGCCCAACUAUAUUUAUCAUAUUUACCUCCCCGGCAUUUUCCUUGUACUGCUAUCAUUUUGUACCUUCUGGAUUCCGGAAAAAGCUGUUCCUGCGAGGGUCACUCUUAUUGUGACUAACUUCCUCACUACAAUGUUUCUGUUCGGCAACAUUGGCAAUAGCGUGCCAAAAGUGCCUUAUAUCACCGCUUUGGAAGUCUUCGCUCUUGUCAAUGCCAUAUGGAUUAUUGGUGUUAUGUUGGAAUAUGUUUUUAUUCUUCGAUUCCCUGAGUUUGGAAAGAAAGGUCUUGUAUCAUUUACUGAGCCAAAUGGACCUGUAACAGAGAAAAAUGACCAGUUUUGGGAAAAGCCGGAUACUGACAAAGCACUGAAGAUUUUUAAAGGCUGUAUUGCACAGGUUAUGGCACAGAAAGCUGGGAACAAAGGUCCUCACAUUGUCGACAAAUUUUCCCGUAUCAUCUUUCCAAUAACUUAUAGUUCAUAUUUAAUUGCAUACUUUGCUUAUUGUUUCUCACGCGAUUAACUGAAAUACUAAAGUGAGUGUCAUCUAUGUUAAUCAAAAUUUGGAUGAACACAUUAUGAAUUAUGAAAGACUUACAACAUGCAUACUCUUUUGUUGUUAAUUGGUAGAGUUCAGGAUGUAUGAUUUAAAUUUUUUCAUUCAUGUUUAGCACCGUAAGAGUCAUUAAUUGUGGAAUAAUAUACCAUCACAAUUUCAGCUUCAAAUGAUUUUAUUUCUUUACAACGAUCGUCUAAUAUUUCGCUAGUUCGUGACAAAUGGAAUGGUUCAUCUACGUAGCUUUAAACAUUUUGCUGCUUCUAUUUUGCAAAUCAUAACAUCAAUCAAGCUAGGUUUGAUCAGAAAAAUGCUUGAUACGUGUAAACAUCAUAUAUAUGAAUAAAAAGCUACAAAUGCGUUAACUAUUGCGCUUCAAAUCAAUGUGUAAGAGUGCUGACAAUCACAUGACAUUCAUAAUCGCUUUGAUUAAUCGCUUUAACCUCAAUGCAGAGUUAUGUUAGUUUUCGUAUAAAUGCUUGAAUGUUGUGUAUAUAUUUUGCUACUCAA